AUGUCGAUUCCCAGUCUGCGCGUCUUGUUGGUAGGAAACGGUGGUCGCGAGCAUGCUCUUGCAUGGAAGCUCGUCCAAUCACCCCACGUAGACCACAUCUACGUCGUGCCUGGCAACGGCGGUACCGCAGGUUUCCCUCAGAAAGUCACAAACGUCACCAAUGUCAAGGCCGACGACUUCCCUGCUCUGGUCAACUUCGCCCGCGACAACUCGCUCAACUUCCUGGUUCCCGGUCCCGAGGCCCCUCUUGUUGCUGGUAUUGUCGACUACUUCGCUCAGCACCUGCCUGAGGUCAAGAGCUUCGGUCCCAAUGAGGCCGCUGCCCGUAUGGAAGGUAGCAAAGCCUUCAGCAAGGAUUUCAUGAAGGAGCACAACAUCCCCACAGCCGCAUACGAGAACUUCAGCGACUACGAACAAGCAAAGGCAUACCUCGACAGCAUCAGCCACGACGUCGUCAUCAAGGCCGACGGUCUCGCUGCUGGCAAGGGUGUCAUCAUCCCUCAGACCAAGGAAGAGGCUGUGCAGGCGCUCAAGGACAUCAUGCUGACCCGUGAGUUCGGUUCGGCCGGCGACACAGUCGUCAUCGAGGAGCUGCUUGUUGGUGAGGAGUGCAGCAUCUUGACCUUCAGUGAUGGUUACAACAUUGCCAGUCUGCCUCUCGCUCAAGACCACAAGCGCAUCUUCGAUGAUGACAAAGGUCCAAACACUGGUGGCAUGGGCACUUAUGCUCCCACUCCUGUCGUCUCUGCUCAGGAAAAUGUCGACAUUCACAAGACUAUCCUUCAAGCCACCGUUGAUGGCAUGCGCAACUCUGGCAACAUCUUCAUCGGCUGUCUCUUCACUGGUAUCAUGAUGACCAAGGCUGGACCCAAGGUCCUCGAGUACAACGUCCGCUUCGGCGACCCGGAAACACAAUCCGUCUUGACUCUGCUCGAGUCUGAUCUUGCCGAGCUCAUGUACAGCUGCACCACAAAUUCGCUGUCUUCGCUGGGUCCCAUCAAGAUCUCAUCACGCUCUGCUGCUACUGUUGUCGUUGCUGCUGGUGGCUACCCUGGCUCGUACGCCAAGGGCACUCCCAUGACCCUGACUGCUACUCCUGAGGAUACUGUCAUCUUCCACGCAGGUACCGAUAUCAAGGAUGGUCAGCUCGUAACAAGUGGUGGCCGUGUCAUCGCUUCCACUGCCACUGGUUCCACUUUGAAAGAGGCCGUCACUCGUGCCUACGAGGGAGUGCAGACCAUCAAGUUUGAGGGUAUGCAGUACCGCAAGGACAUUGCCAAGCGUGCGUUGAAGUAA